AUGGAUCCCACAGCGCGCUUCGAAUCGUUCAGCCACUUCCUCCAACAGCAACCCUCGCAUAUACGACCAUCAACCUCAUCGCGUCGCCCCUCCUUCCAACAAGGCACCGGAUCCAAGCCAUCCACCUCCUCGUUCGACCAAGGCCAGCGUGUUGGACAGCAACAACAGCAGCAGCAAGAGCAGUACGAGCAGCAGCAGAAGCAGCAGCAGAGGAUGGCAGCGGACCAGGCGUACAGGGCCACUUUCGACUCGGUAUCUUACUCGAGACUCGGCAGCGCCUCCCACGAACGCGCCGUAUUCCAGGACGAGGCGCGGACCCGCGCGCGCCGGCGCGACGCCGCCCGCAACCGCGCCCUCUUCCGCGGGCCCUUCUACAAGCGGCCCGAGUUCUACGCCGUGACGCUCGGGUUCCUGGGCCUGCUGUACCCGAUCCUGAACGAGUACGUCAUCGAGCCGUAG